AUGUGGCUCUUUGGAUGGCUUGUCGAGGGUGUACCGUGUAACAUGAAUGGCCCGACCAAGACACUUCUCGAGUUGAAGGAUCUCGGCUUGGCCUUGAAAACUUUUGCGGCGGCGGCGACACACCAGAAGGCCGUCGAGGCGGCGCAGCAAGAAGCACGCCCGUCCGUCCCGCCCUCACCCCACCCGGUCGGUAGUGCGUCUCAGCCCUAG